CUACAUUUUUGUCAUAUGUGUGUAAGCAGAUGAAUGUGUGUGUAGUCAGAGUGAAACUGAAAGCUGGCACUUUGAGGGCGUUGUACAUUUGUAUAAUCUGUAUUUAUCUUGACAGUUUUUCCUGUAAGCAAGUCAGAUUCCUUUUUGUGUCAGUGGAAAAAGAGGAGAACGAGAUAAGGUGCUUGGCUGCAGAACUUGAAAGACUGAGAAACCCACAGUGUCUAGAGAUUUCUCCUUGCCUAGAAGAAUUGCAGGAAGAAAAUACAAAACUUAAGUAUCGCAUCAAUAUACUCAAGAGGAGUCUUCAGGCAGAGAAGGAGAAGUCUAAAGACAGAAUGAUUAAUAUUAACAGUGAAAUCCAGGAUAUCUUUCGCACCGCUAUCCACGCUUCUUACCCUGAGUUGGAAAAUGUACCGCUGCAAGUUACACCAAGUCAGCAGCCCAAAUUUGGAGAUUAUCAGUUUAACAGUGCCAUGGGAAUAGCUCAGACCCUUAAAGCAAAGGGAGAAAAGGUGAACCCAAGAGACAUUGCUAACAAAAUUAUUCAGCAUGUUCCUGAAAACAAAAUAAUGGAAAAGACAGAAGUUGCAGGACCAGGUUUCAUCAAUGUAUAUUUGAAAAAGGAUUUUAUAUCCCAGCAGCUGACACAUCUGCUUGUAAAUGGUGUGAAGCCACCCCAUGUAGGACCUCCACUAAAGGUAGUUGUUGACUUUUCAUCCCCCAACAUUGCUAAAGAAAUGCAUGUGGGUCAUCUGCGAUCAACAAUCAUUGGAGAAAGCAUCUGCCGGUUGUUUGAGUAUGUGGGUCAUGAUGUUCUGAGAUUGAAUCAUAUUGGAGACUGGGGAACACAGUUUGGAAUGUUGAUUGCUCACCUUCAGGAUAAAUUUCCCAACUACUUGACAAUAUCUCCUCCAAUUGGUGACCUACAAGCUUUUUAUAAGGAAUCAAAGAAGAGAUUUGAUGAAGAUGCAGAAUUUAAAAAACGAGCAUACCAAUGUGUAGUAAAACUUCAGAGUAAAGAGCCUGAUUUCAUUAAGGCAUGGUCCCUGAUUUGUGAUGUGUCCCGAAAUGAGUUCCAGAAGAUCUAUGAUGCCUUGGACAUAACAUUGAUAGAGAGGGGUGAAUCCUAUUAUCAAGACAUGAUGAAAGAAGUGGUGAAAGAAUUUGAAGAAAAAGGUCUGGUCCAGCUUGAUGAAGGUCGUAAAAUUGUGUUCCCUCCAAACUGUAGCAUACCUCUGACAAUUGAGAAAUCUGAUGGAGGUUAUACAUAUGACACGUCGGACCUGGCAGCUCUCCGUCAGAGGCUGUUUGAGGAGAAAGCAAAUGUUGUAAUUUAUGUGGUUGACAGUGGGCAGGCUUCUCACUUCCAGUUGUUGUUCAGUGCUGGCCAAAUGAUUGGAUGGUAUGAUCCAAAAGUGACCCGUGUAGAGCAUGCUGGUUUUGGAGUGGUUCUAGGUGAUGACAAGAAGAAAUUUAAGACCCGUUCAGGUGACACUGUUCGGUUAAUAGACUUGCUUGAAGAAGGACUGAAGCGAUCCAUGGACAAGCUGAAGGAAAAAGAGCGAGACAAGGUGUUGACUCCAGAGGAGCUGAAGGCUGCCCAAGAAUCUGUUGCAUAUGGCUGCAUUAAGUAUGCUGAUCUCUCCCAUAACCGCUGCAACGACUACAUCUUCUCUUUUGAUAAGAUGUUGGAUGACAAGGGAAACACUGCAGCUUACUUACUGUAUGCAUUCACCAGGAUCAGAGCCAUUUCUCGUUUGGCAAACAUUGAUGAGGCCACUCUACAGAAGGCUGCCACUGAGACUACAAUUGCUUUAGAUCAUGAGAAAGAGUGGAAGUUGGCUAAGCUGAUCCUGAGGUUCCCUGAGAUACUGCAGAAGAUCUUAGAAGACCUGCUGCUGCACACUCUGUGUGACUUCUUGUAUGAGCUGGCGACUACUUUCACUGAAUUCUAUGACAGUUGCUACUGUGUGGAAAAGGACAGACAAACAGGUGAGGUCAUUAAGAUAAACAUGUGGAGGAUGUUGCUAUGUGACGCCACUGCUGCUGUCAUGGCACAAGGAUUCAAAAUUCUGGGCCUUAAACCAGUGCAGAAGAUGUAAAUCUUGAGUUCCCAAACUCAGACAGUUGAUCGCACCUGUAAAAGUGCAUAUCAGAGUUAUUAUUUUUUUUUUAAUAUUUCUAGUUUCAGUGAAUUAAACAGUAAAUACAACAAACAAAAA